UUUAUAAUCAUUUUACCACUAAUUUAGCCGUCAAAAUUUAACAGGAUUCCUUUGAUGCGACAUGAAAGUUGUACUUGUAACUGGCGGUACCGGACUCGUUGGUAGAGCAAUUCAAAAUAUUAUCGAGAAUGACAAAAAAGAAAACGAAAAGUGGAUAUUUGUCGGAUCUAAAGAUGCAGAUUUGUGUGAUAAGAAGAGUACACAGAAGUUAUUCGAGCAUCAUAAACCGACACAUGUCAUUCACUUAGCUGCUAUGGUUGGUGGUCUCUUCCAGAAUAUGUCACAUAAUUUAGACUUUCUGCGGAACAAUAUACACAUGAAUGAUAAUGUUCUGCACACUGCUCACGAGAACAAUGUCGUGAAGGUUGUCUCGUGUCUUUCCACUUGUAUAUUUCCUGAUAAAAUAUCUUAUCCGAUAGAUGAAACUAUGGUUCACAAUGGACCACCACAUUCCUCGAAUUAUGGUUAUAGUCAUGCCAAGCGACUCAUAGAUAUUGCUAACAGAGGUUACUAUGAUCAGCACGGCAGGCUGUAUACCAGUGUAAUUCCUUGUAACGUAUUCGGUCCACACGACAAUUUUCAUCCUAAUGAUAGUCAUGUAAUACCUGGUUUAAUGCGGAGACUUUACGACUUGUGCAAAGAUGGAAAUACAGAAGAUAAAGUGUUCACUGUAUUGGGCUCUGGUAAACCUUUAAGGCAAUUCAUCUAUAGCAUAGACUUAGCAAAAUUAAUAAUUUGGGUGCUGCGGGAAUAUGAUUCUGUGGAACCAAUUAUACUAUCAGUGGACGAAGCGCAAGAAAAAUCGAUAGCACAAGUGGCAGAGACGCUGGCACGAACUUUCGACUUUAAGGGAAAGGUGGUGUAUGAUACGUCGGCAGCGGAUGGACAAUUCAAAAAAACAGCAAGCAACGCAAAAUUACGAAAGUACCUGUCUGAUUUUCAAUUUACACCUUUCGAACAAGCGAUUAAAGAGACUGUUGAUUGGUAUAUAAAAAACUACGAUCAAGCGAGGAAUUAAAAUAGCGAGAUUGCAAAUUGUUAUUA